CACUGGGCGUCCCAGCGCCACCGCCCAUCAGCUGAGAAUCUAGCUGGGGGCUCUGGGGCCGGUGGGUGCCUGGGGCCGGCGGAGGAGGAGGAGAAAGCCGAGGAGGUUGGGGUGACUGCUUAGGUGACAUCUGAUGAAAUUAGUGAAUAAGUAAAUCAGCUAUGUCUUACACUCCGGGUGUUGGUGGUGACCCUGCCCUACUGGCCCAGCGUAUCUCUUCCAAUAUCCAGAAGAUCACACAAUGUUCUGUGGAAAUACAGAGGACCCUGAAUCAACUUGGAACGCCUCAAGAUUCACCUGAACUUAGGCAACAACUGCAACAGACGCAGCAGUAUACUAACCAACUUGCCAAGAGGACAGAUAAGUACAUUAAAGAGUUUGGAUCCCUGCCCACCACCCCCAGCGAACAGCGUCAGAGGAAAAUACAGAAGGAUCGCUUAGUGGCUCAAUUCACGACAUCACUGACCAACUUUCAAAAGGUCCAGAGGGAAGCUGCUGAGAAAGAAGAGUUUGUUGCUCGAGUAAGAGCCAGUUCCAGAGUAUCUAGUGGUUUUCCUGAGGACACCUCAAAGGAAAGGAAUCUUGUGUCCUGGGAAAGCCAAGCUCAACCUCAGGUGCAGGUGCAGGAUGAAGAAAUUACAGAAGAUGACCUCCGCCUUAUUCAUGAGAGAGAAUCUUCUAUUAGGCAACUUGAGGCUGAUAUUAUGGAUAUUAAUGAAAUAUUUAAAGAUUUGGGAAUGAUGAUUCAUGAGCAAGGAGAUGUAAUAGAUAGCAUAGAAGCCAACGUGGAAAACGCGGAGGUGCACGUUCAGCAGGCAAACCAGCAGCUGUCAAGAGCAGCAGAAUAUCAGCGCAAAUCCAGAAAAACCCUGUGCAUCAUCAUUUUUAUCAUUGUCAUCGGACUUGUAAUUCUCGGUCUCAUCAUAUGGAGAGUGAAAGGCUGAAUUAUAAAGGAGCACACUGUUGCACUACAUUCUCUAAAUUAUGUACGAAGAUUCCUGUAAUCAUUUUUAUUAUUAUUAUUAUUAUUCUAAAGCUACUGCAUAAAGGAUGGCUCCCAUACUUUGUUAUUUUUAUUUGGCAGGGGGAAGUUUCUUUUAGAUUCAAUCUGAUAUUUUCUAAUACUGAAAGUUUUUCUUGGUAUCACUGCUGGCAUAACUUCUGUGCUUUUCAAUCUAGUAACUCUGAGGUUUUGUCCACAAUGUAUAUGCCUUUCAUUUAUAAUUUAUUUGCCCUGUUGACUUAGCUUUUGGAAUCAGUAAAUUUAAAGGUGUGUGUGUGUGUGUGUGUGUGUGUGUGUGUGUGUGUGUGUUCGUGUUCUGUGUGCAUCUGUCUCUGUCACAGAGUGACAUGCACCCAGAUUUGUGUGACUUCAAUUAAAAAUCUCAAAUUUAAUUUUGAUAUGGGCCAGCAGAGGAAAUAUUCUCAGUAACGUAGGGAAAAUUAACCCACCUGUUUGUGGUGGUUUGUUUUCUUUCGUUUUCUGGUUCAUAACAGCACAAAUUAUCUAUUUAACUUUUAUUGUUGGUUUUCUCUUAAGACCUUCGUUUACUCUAAAUGAAAUCAGUGAGUAAUUUCCUAGAAUAUCUCAUCCUCCUGAUGUGUAUAUAUUAAACAUUUGCUGUAGAUUGCCUAGUAAAAUACUAAGGAUAAUUGUUUUUUGCAUAGGACCUGUUUAAGUCUGAUGUUUGCUGGGGUAUGUGUAGUCACUAUAAAUGUUAAAUGUAAUUUGGAGGAAGAGUAUGAAAAAUCAGUUCAUACUAUGUUAGAAAUCUGGAGAUCCAACUUGUUAUUCUGCUGUGUACUUCCACAGCUAUUAGGAUGGAAAAUUAAUUACCUUCCCUGAAAUCCUUCAGAAUUAUGGCUACAUGUAUAUCCUUGGGUCAGAAUUACUUUUGCGGAGCAACUUUCCCAGAAUUAUUGUUUUUGAGCACUAACACUUAAAAUUUAAUGUUUACCUUGCAUACCAUUUUGUACCAUCCUCCAUUAGAAAACAAUUUGGAUGUUUGCCAAUUAACCACUUGCCUUUUUAAAUCAAUGUUGUUUUGAUGCACUAAUCUGAAUACUGUAAAGAAGUUUGUCUUAGUUUAUAGUUUGUAUUUUAUAACAAUGUUCUUAUAUAGCAGUUUGAUAGUGAAGUCAGUGUUUUACAUGGCAAACUAUGAGACUCCAAAUGGGAACAAAUAAAAUAUUAAGUAAAGCGUGUCUUUGCAACCAGAAUAAAGAUGAUUUUAAAAGUGUCUGGAUA